AUGACAACUUUGGAAAAUCCUACUAGCUCUAUUAUUAACAGCAAUAUCAACCCAAAUUCUAUUUUUGGUAGUACUUCUCUUUCGAAGGAAGAAAAUGAUGAUGUUAGAAAGAUGAUUUCUUAUAAAAAGGAAGACUUUCGUGAAGAUAUAAGGAAAUCAAAAACGAAUAGCGCCCUCUAGUAGAAGCGUAUUAGAGUCUUUAAGCAGAAUGCUAUCUAAAAAUGUGAAGAAUAAUGUCAAGAGAGUUUGUAAAUAUUUUACAAGGCAGAAAAAGAAUCAAAUUUAGAGUAAUUGCAACUAUCUAUAAGUAAAAUGAAAGAACUCUCUUAAGAAUAAAGAAGUUAAAGAUAUUUGCUAAACACAGAUGUAGUUAAGUAUCUCUGCGUGUUAGUAGGUCCUGGAUUUAGAUAAUAUAAUUAGCUUUAAAUAGAUGUGUGCUGGAUUUUAGCUAAUUUAUCUUGCGAACCAUCUUUUAACCUUUAAAAAUAUGAAAACUUGCCAAAGGAGCUUAUUCAAAAUCUUUUAAUGCUUUUAGAUGCUGAAAAGAUAGAGUCCAUAAAUGCAGCUUUUUGGUGUUUAAGUAAUUUAGCAGGUGACCCAAAUUAUACUUAGAUCAUAUAUGAAGCUAAUGUGAUAGGAAAAAUCACAAGCAUCCUUGAGUAGAAGAAAUUUAAUGAAGAAAUUAUUUGUUAAAUUAGCUACACCUACUUAAAUAUUACAGAUUAAAUUAAAACUAUGGAUGAAAAAAGCGUGCAAUUAAUUUUAUCAACAAUAAAUGAAUUCUCAGAUAUUAAAAAUGAUGAAAUUAUUUUUAAUUUGAUCAGAAUUAUCAACAAUAUUGCAAAGGAAGAAAAAAAUGCUCAGAUUCUUAGAACAUAAUUUAACAGCAAGUUAAUGAAUCUCAUUUUUUUGAUUUUUGCAACUCACAAUCAUUACUAUUUGGAAUCUAUUUUAGAGUGUGUUGGAAAUUUAAUUCAUCUUAAUGAAUCUUUUGCUAGAGUUAUUUUAGAGAAAGGAUUUAAUUAAAGUUUAGUAAUUUGCUUAGAAACUAAAGAAAAAAGUAUUAGAAAGAGAGCAGGAUGGGUGAUUAGCAAUAUUCUCUCAUGCAGCCAAUAAGAUAUCGACGAAAUAUUUAAUUACAGUGCUUUAUUAAAUAAAAUCCUUACUUUGAUAGUUAUUGAUACUUUAGAAGUAAAAAGCGUUCUUUUACAAGGCUUAUUUAAUGCUCUAGAAAAGGCAACAAAAGAACAAAUAUCAAAUCUUAUUAAAAAAGAUUUUAUAUAAGUUUUGUAUAAUGUUUUAAAAGAAGAAAACAAUGAAUAUCUAAUUAUAAAGUGCAUAGAUAUUCUCAAUAUUUUAUUAACUUUUGAUAGAGAAAACUAAUUAGAUGGAGAAUAACAAGAAAGUCUGGUCUUCAAUUAACUCUCUAACACUGGUCUUAUUGAAAUCAUUUAAAACCUUCAAAUUCAUUCAAGUGAUCUUGUUUACAACAAAAUAGUUAAACUUAUCAAUGAUUUCUUUGAUUUUGAGGAAUCUAGUGAGUGA